AUGGCGGCAAAGGCGUUCAGCUCCCAAUUGAAGUUGUACAACUGCGCAGCCCUGGAACCUUCUGCAAAUGUAUUAAGUUGGAUGAGCUGUAUUGCGAGAUAUAGCAGGCCUGCGACAUUAGCAGAUGAUGAAGGUUCUUUAUUUGUCGCAAAUACCCUCGAAGGAUUUCUUUCAGUUGGUGAUGUCUACGGGGACGAGUCGGAAGACCGUAUUUCGAUCUGGCAGGUGGUGGCUGAGCAGCUGAAGAUGUCAGGUCUCGAAGUUGUCGCAAGCAUCGCCGGGGUUGCUGGCGCUGCGAUCAAGCUCUCUGUGACGCUAAACGACGUGGCCGAUGACCUUGGAUCUGCAGGUAGAGAUGUGCGGUACAUUAGUAACGAAAUGGCGUCUUUCUCGCAGGUCUUGCGAUUGGUUCACUCUUCCCUCGAAGAUAGUCAGAAGGUCGCCGGGUCCACAGUUAUUCGAAGUGCUCUUGAAACGCUUCCGCAACUUCUGGAGCAAUGCGGACUCGUUUACCUAGAGGCAAAUGGUUUGAUGACUUCAUUGAAGCCUUCCACUGGCAGGGAUUCUUCACUGCCGUUCAUGAAGCGGGUUCGGUUCAUAUUCCAGAAGAGCAGGAUUAAUGUUCUGAGAAGUCUGCUCGAUUCCUCAAAGAGCACAUUGAACCUGUUAUUGGUGACGUUGAAUAUUGAAAUGGCUAAGACCAGAUCACCCAACAGGGAACUUAUGGACCAACUCCAAUCAGAGCGCAAGGCCUUUAUACGAGUUGUGGCAUCUCAGAGUAAAGCUUUAGAUGAAGCCCUGAAGGAAGUCGACAAAGCAAAGAAGGAGGCAUCAAAACUGAAAAGCAAGGUCGAUAAAGAGAAGCAGAGAGAGAAAGAGAAGGAGCAGGAAAGAAUACCAGAACAAAAGCCAGGGUUCGAGCCACAAUCUCUGGGAAUGCUUCCAUCUCCUUCUGUAACCUCGCUCGCGUAUACACCGCCGCAGAUUGAUAAAGCCCCACAAAACUCCAUCGUUAAGUUGGCGUUGAGUCUUGAGGCUCCCGGACCGAAAUAUACCGGAACGCCCGCCCAGCCUACACAUCCUGACACGGAUCCCUACGGGCAACGAUCGUGUUUCUGUUCACCGCCAACACCCCCCUACCCAAGUUCAUCACCACCCCCACCACCGACUUUCAACGCAGCGAACGACAGACCGAAAUCCGAUCCCAAUCGGCUAAACGCAAAGCGAGUCUUCUCAGACCCAGGACCUCCGAAGACUGCGGCAUCAGCUAACGAGACGCUUCAUCCUGGAGGAGCAAAUCGAGAGAGAUCGAGGUCUCCCUACGGAUUCUCGAGAGUGCCAAGGGACGAGCCUCCGAAGGUGGAGCGUAGUCGGGCUCCACCUCCAUCUCAUAGUCCUUCGAACACAGCGCAGGAUGAGACUCCAUCGACACCAGAGGCUGAGAGGAAGAGGGCACCCUAUACCUUUCAAUCAUCACCAAAGCCUGAAGCGAAUGAUACACUAUCUCCUGAAGGAGAAAGGGGUCGAAAGCCCUAUACAUACAAGGCAUAUAGACCACCCGGCAGUCAGCCUGAAGCCUCAGCAUCACUGGACCCCUCUCCUGGUGAGCGACAGCGUAUGCCUUACGGGGGGGCUACCCAGUUUCCCGCAUCAGACCCAAACCCACCUUACACAAGCCAACAGCAUCCACCGUAUAGCAACUCGUCACCGCGGCCCCCACCAUCCUCACCAAGUACUAACGGACCCCCGCCAAGGCCCAAAGUUCCUCCACCACCACCGCCCUGCCAUGGUACAACCUACGUCGCUCUUACUCCAUACACCAGCCACGAAGUCGGACACCUGACACUCGCCCCCUUCGAUAUCCUUGUAGACGUUGUUUCCUACAUCCCCGAUGAUGAGACUCUCCCUUACCCAACAGCGUUUGACGCGACCCCAAUGCAUUACUGGCAGGCCUCUUUACAUAAUCGACGAGGUCCACGGGGUUUGUUCCCGCAUAGUAUUGUGUGCCGGAUUGAGGAUGAUAGAUUGGCAGAGAAGGUAAAGGAGUGCUGGUUUGCUAAUGGUGUGCACCUAAUUGCGGAUAUGGCUGGACGGGUCUGGGUUGGACCAGAAUGGACGUUUGUAGAGCCACUGAGGAGAAGGAGUAAAUGGUGGGCUGAGGAGUUUUGAGCAUAUAUCGAUGAUUGAAAAAAUUGACAGAAAAUGUCCACCAGGACUUAACAAGAGGUAGAGGGAGUAAAGAUAUGCCUGCGUAUAUCAGGAGAGUUUGAAAGAGAGUUAAUCAAAUGCCUCUGAUGUGCCGCCGUAGUUAAGAGGAGCUAGAAGCAUGCCAUCUUCUUUAUGCAACGCUGUCUUGCUGUUUCCCUAUCUUUAUCAAUCGAAUGGGUUUAUUCAAACCGUACACUCUUCUGCGUACUUAAGGUGCUCCAAUGACGCGAGAACAUCGAUGUUGAACAGAAACCUCCUAGUCAUCGGGACUAGAGUCCAC